AUGGAUCAAAGGAAAAAUGACAGUAUUGUUCCUAGUAUCACCCAGCUAGAAGAUUUCCUUACAGAACACAAUUCUAAUGUUGUGUGGCUCCUCGUUGCUACCAUUUUGUCCUGUGGAUGGAUUAUUUAUCUCACAUAUUAUAAUUCUCGGAAUGUUGGUCUUAUUUUAACCUUGGUUGUCAACAGAUUAUACAAACAUGGCUAUAUCCAUAUUGGCUCCUUCUCUUUCUCUGUUCUUUCUGGAAAAAUCAUGGUUCGUGAAAUCUAUUACAUUACAGAAGACAUGUCUAUUAGAAUUCAAGAUGGAUUUAUAAUUUUUCGGUGGUGGAAAAUGUAUAAUCCAAAACAGAAGCAGCAUGAUCCAAAGGCAGAAACCAGAUUAUACAUCACAGUUAAUGACUUUGAAUUUCAUGUCUACAAUCGUUCGGAUCUUUAUGGACGUCUUCAAGAAUUAUUUGGUUUGGAGCCAACAAUAAUCCCCCCCAAGAAAGAGGAUGAUAAAACACGGGAAAAUGGAAGAACAAGAACCCAGUCCAAAAUGGAAAGAGUUAAAGUAAAAACAGAAUCUCAGGACCCUACAUCUUCAUGGAGAUCACUUAUUCCAGUUAUAAAGGUCAACGUGAGCACAGGUCGCCUGGCCUUUGGAAAUCAUUACCAACCUCAAACUCUGUGUAUCAACUUUGAUGAUGCUUUCUUAACUUAUACUACAAAACCACCUUCCAGUCACCUUGACCAAUUCAUGCAUAUUGUGAAAGGAAAGCUUGAAAAUGUUCGAGUCAUGCUUGUUCCUAGUCCAAGAUAUGUUGGUCUUCAAAAUGAUGAGCCACCGAGAUUAAUGGGAGAAGGCUUUGUGGUGAUGCAGUCAAAUGAUGUUGAUAUCUACUAUUACAUGGACGAGCCAGGACUUGUUCCAGAAGAAACAGAGGAAAACAUUGAAGGAGAAAUGAGUAGUGAGGACUGCAAAUUACAAGAUUUGCCUCCAUGUUGGGGACUUGAUAUAGUUUGUGGUAAAGGAACAGAUUUCAACUAUGGGCCAUGGGCCGAUAGACAAAGAGAUUGUUUAUGGAAGUUUUUCUUCCCACCUGAUUAUCAAGUUCUGAAAGUUUCUGAAAUUGCACAGCCAGGGAAACCAAGACAGAUCCUUGCCUUUGAACUGCGAAUGAAUAUUAUUGCAGAUGCUACUAUCGACUUGCUGUUUACCAAAAAUAGGGAAACAAAUGCUGUGCAUGUCAAUGUUGGUGCUGGCUCCUAUUUGGAGAUCAAUAUUCCCAUGACAGUUGAGGAAAAUGGUUAUACUCCUGCAAUUAAAGGACAACUGUUACAUGUUGAUGCCACUACCAGCAUGCAGUACCGGACCCUGUUAGAAGCAGAAAUGUUAGCAUUCCACAUCAUUGCCAGUUACCCCCGAGUAUGGAAUAUGCCCCAGACGUGGCAGUGUGAAUUAGAAGUGUAUAAAGCCACCUAUCACUUCAUCUUUGCACAGAAGAAUUUCUUCACAGAUUUAAUUCAAGACUGGUCUAGUGAUAAUGCUCCAGACAUUUUUUCAUUUGUUCCAUAUACAUGGAAUUUUAAAAUAAUGUUUCAUCAAUUUGAAAUGAUUUGGGCUGCUAAUCAACACAACUGGAUUGACUGUUCCACUAAACAACAGGAAAAUGUAUAUCUGGCAGCCUGUGGAGAAACACUAAAUAUUGAUUUCUCUUUGCCGUUUACGGACUUUGUUCCAGUUACGUGUAAUACCAAGUUCUCCCUAAGAGGAGAAGAUGUUGAUCUUCAUCUGUUUCUACCAGAUUGUCACCCUAGUAAAUAUUCAUUAUUUAUGCUGGUAAAGGAUUGCCACCCAAAUAAAAUGACUCACGACACUGGUCUUCCUGCUGAGUGUCAGAGCAGCCAGAAAACAGUUAAACCCAAAUGGCGGAACCUUACUCAAGAAAAGGCUGGUUGGGUUGAAUGUUGGACUGUCCCAAGUGUCAUGCUUACGAUCGAUUAUACAUGGCAUCCAGUUUACCCACAGAAAGCAGAUGAGCAGCUAAAACAAUCAUUGUCAGAAAUGGAAGAAACAAUGCUGUCUGUAUUGAGGCCAUCCCAGAAGACGUCAGACCGAGUCGUUUCUUCUCCCUCUACUUCUUCCCGCCCACCUGUUGACCCCUCUGAGCUGCCACCUGAUAAACUGCAUGUAGAGAUGGAACUUUCUCCAGACUCUCAGAUAACUCUCUACGGACCACUAUUAAAUGCUUUUUUUUGUAUAAAGGAAAACUACUUCGGGGAAGAUGACAUGUAUAUGGAUUUUGAAGAGGUUAUUUCAAGCCCAGUUUUGUCCCUGUCAACAUCAUCUAGCUUUGGAUGGACUGCAGUCGGAAUGGAGGGUGAUAGAAAGGAAAACGAAAGUUCAGCCAAGUCAAUUCAUCCGCUGUCCUUGCGUCCAUGGGAUAUUACCGUGCUUGUAAAUUUGUACAAAGUUCAUGGGCGUCUGCCUGUUCAUGGAUCGGCCGAUGGUCCUGAGUGUCCCACAGCUUUCUUGGAAAGACUGUGUUUUGAAAUGAAAAAAGGAUUUAGAGAGACCAUGCUGCAGCUUGUGCUGUCACCCCUGAGUGUGUUCGUCAGUGACAACUAUCAGCAGCGACCUCCUGUAGAUGACGCACUCAAGGAAGGUCAUAUCAAUCUGACAGGUCUCCAGCUGAGAGCACAUGCCAUGUUCUCAGCAGAAGGUCUUCCUUUGGGAAGCGAUUCCCUAGAAUACGCAUGGUUAAUUGACGUGCAAGCUGGAAGCCUCACCGCUAAGGUCACGGCACCACAGCUGGCUAGUCUCUUGGAGUGGGGGCAGACAUUUGUUUUUCACGUGGUAUGUCGGGAGUAUGAACUGGAAAGACCCAAGUCAGUAAUAACAUGUCAACAUGGACUUGAUCGUCGGUUCUGUGAAUCCAAGUUGAGUUGUAUUCCUGGCCCCUGUCCAGCUUCAAAUGAUUUGAAAUACACCAUGACUCGUUUAGCGGUAGAUGGAGCUGAUAUUUAUAUUGUGGAGCAUGGUUGUGCUACAAAUAUAAAGAUGGGGGCAAUCCGGGUUGCAAACUGUAAUCUCCACAACCAAUCGGUUGGGGAAGGGAUAAGUGCAGCAAUUCAGGACUUCCAAGUGAGACAGUAUAUCGAACAGCUGAAUAACCCCAGAGCUGGGCUCCAGCCUGCAAUUCUGCGAAGGGCCUAUUGGCUAGAAGCUGGCUCAGCUACCUUAGGACUAAUCACUGUUGAUAUUGCACUGGCAGCUGAUCAUCAUUCUAAACAUGAGGCCCAGAGACAUUUCUUAGAAAUUCACGAUGCCAGAACUAAGAGGCUGUGGUUUUUGUGGCCUGAUGACACUCUAAGGAAUAAGAGGUGCAGGCACAAAUGUGGCUGUCUCGGUGGCUGCAGAUUCUUUGGUGGCACAGUGACUGGCCUAGAUUUCUUCAGGCUUGAAGAGUUGACACCAUCCAGUAGCUCUGCAUUUUCAAGCACAAGUGCAGAGUCGGACAUGUACUACGGACAGUCUCUGUUACAGCCUGGAGAAUGGAUUAUUACCAAGGAAAUUCCCAAAAUGGUAGAUGGUCAUAUGACCAGCAUGAAGAGGAAAGAAUGGGAGAAUAAAUCAGGAGGAUUGGAAGUGGAGAGGAAGACUCAGCACCUGAGCCUGCAGGUCCCCAUGCGCUGUCACAGCUCGUCCUCGUCCUCAGAUGACAACAGUAGCUCCAGUGCGGCCCAGCCUUUACUGGCUGCGGACAAGGAAAGCCCCUCUUCUGUGGCCGAUGACCUUGUGCCUCAGAAGGAAUUCCUGCAUGGAAUGAAAAGAGAUGAUGGCCCAGUGAGUGUUCCUACAGAAAUUUCAGGAAAUAGCCCCGUGUCUCCUAAUAAUCAGGAUAAGUCAGUAGGUCAAUCCCCUCUGCGGUCUCCCUUGAAACGACAAGCCUCAGUAUGUUCCACCCGACUUGGAAGUACCAAGAGCCUGACUGCAGCUUUUUAUGGGGACAAACAGCCAGUCACAGUUGGAGUCCAGUUUAGUAGUGAUGUUUCCCGAAGUGAUGAGAAUGUAUUGGACUCACCAAAGCAGAGAAGAAGUUUCGGCUCCUUUCCAUACACACCAUCAGCGGACUCUAAUUCAUUCCAUCAAUAUCGAUCAAUGGAUUCCAGCAUGUCAAUGGCUGACAGUGAAGCCUACUUUUCUGCUGCUGAAGAAUUUGAGCCCAUUAGCAGUGACGAAGGCCCUGGGACCUAUCCAGGUAGAAAAAAGAAGAAAAAGCAGACUCAGCAGAUUGAUUACAGUAGGGGUUCCAUUUAUCACAGUAUCGAGGGACCUCUCACUGGCCAUGGAGAAAGCAUUCAGGAUCCCCGAACUCUGCCAUUCAAAACUCACCCUUCCCAGGCUUCAUUUGUUUCUGCACUAGGUGGUGAAGAUGAUGUUAUAGAACAUCUGUAUAUUGUAGAGGGUGAAAAAACAGUAGAGAGCGAGCAGAUCACUUCUCAGCAACCAGUGAUGAGUUGCUAUCAGACUUACCUUACUCAAUUCCAGGUGGUUAACUGGUCAGUGAAGCACCCAACCCACAAAAGGACCUCCAAGUCUUCCCUGCAUCGGCCCCUUGAUCUGGAUACACCCACCAGUGAAGAAAGUUCAUCAUCAUGUGAACAGUUCUCUGUUCCAACUUUUAAGGUUAUCAAACAGGGGCUUACAGCUAAUUCUUUACUAGACAGAGGAAUGCAACUUUCGGGAUCAACUUCAAAAACACCAUAUACUCCUUUGGAAAAGAGAGCUGUUGAUAGCACAGAUGAUGAAACAGUAAAGGAAGAGUGGACCCUGGAUCAGCCCAUCUCUCAGACCAGGACAACAGCCAUAGUUGAGGUCAAAGGAACUAUUGACAUUGUUCUAACUCCCCUGGUGGCUGAAGCUUUAGACAGAUAUAUUGAAGCAAUGGUUCAUUAUGCUCACACCCGCCAUCCAGCUGCAAUUGUGGAUGACCUUCAUGCCAAGGUCCUCAGGGAAGCUAUGCAAAAUAGCAGGACUACCUUCUCAGAAAAUUUAUCUUCCAAACAAGAUGUUAGAGGAACAAAAACUGAGCACACUGUUAUAGGAACGACUAAUCAAGGACAAGCACAGACAGAUCUUAUCAUGAAGCAAGAUAAUGUGACAAUUAAAGGUCUUCAGGCUAACAUCAGCAUACCAAAGAUAAACUUAUGUUUGUUACAAGCCUCAGUGGAAGAAUCUCCAAGUACAGCUUCCAGUAGAAGCAUUACUCACAUGUCCCUGGUUGCAUUGUGUUUUGACAGAAUUGCUACACAAGUUCGUAUGAACAGAGGUGUGGUUGAAGAGAUUUCAAACAACACUGAACCUGGUCGGACAUCACAGUUUGAUAGAUACGUCCACGCCUCUAAAAUGCAGCCACAGUCGUCUGGAUCUCUCAGAUCGAACACUGGAGCAGAAAAAGGCAAAGAAAUUGCUGCCAAGUUAAACAUUCAUCGAGUUCAUGGGCAACUCAGGGGUCUUGAUACAAAAGAUAUCGGCACCUGUGCCAUCACUGCGAUUCCUUUUGAGAAGUCCAAAGUCUUAUUUACUCUAGAAGAGCUGGAUGAGUUUGCUUUUGUGGAUGAGACUGACCAGCAAGCUAUUCCAGAUAUAACGCGAAUGGGUCCCAGCCAAGAAAAAUGGGGUUGGAUAAUGUUUGAAUGUGGUCUUGAAAAUUUAACCAUAAAAGGAGGAAGACAGUCUGGUGCUGUUUUGUAUAAUGCUUUUGGAACGAUGGGCAAAGCUAGUGUCUCAGAGGGGGGUGGAGUGCUGACAUCCAAUAAUUCUUCCGAUUCUCCGACUGGCAGUGGCUAUAACACCGAUGUCUCUGAUGAUAAUCUUCCUUGUGACCGAACAAGCCCUUCUUCAGACUUAAAUGGAAAUUCUGUUUCCGAUGAGCAGGAUGAAGGAGUUGAAUCCGAUGAUUUGAAGAAAGAUGUGCCUCUUAUGCCGCCACCCCCCGAUUCCUGCAGUAUGAAGCUGACCAUCCAAGAGAUUUGGUUUAGUUUUGCAGCUCCCACCAAUGUGAGGUCUCCCACUCAUGCAUUUUCUAGGCAGCUAAACCUCUUAAGCACUGCGACCCCUGCGGUGGGUGCAUGGCUCGUUCCCGUUGACCAGCUCAAGUCGUCUUUGAACAAAUUGGAAACAGAGGGAACUCUGAGACUCUGUGCUGUGAUGGGAUGCAUCAUGACUGAAGCGCUAGAGAAUAAAAGUAUGCAUUUUCCCCUAAGAAGUAAAUACAACAGACUUACAAAACUGGCCCGCUUUCUCCAAGAAAACCCUUCUUGUUUACUGUGUAAUAUACUCCACCACUACCUGCACCAGGCAAAUUACUCCAUCAUCGAUGAUGCUACAAUGGGUGAUGGACUUCCUGCCUUGGUAACCUUAAAGAAAGGGUUAGUUGCCCUGGCAAGGCAGUGGAUGAAGUUUAUUGUGGUGACACCAACCUUUAAAGGAGUCAACUUACAUCGGCCAACUCAGCCCUUAAAGCCCCAAGCAGCUGUGGACCAUGAACACGAAGAUGGCUUUGGGCUGGACAAUGGAGGUGGUCUUCAAAGUGAUACCAGUGCUGAUGGAGCAGAAUUUGAAUUUGAUGCAGCCACAGUCAGCGAGCACACGAUGCUGCUGGAAGGAACAGCCAGCCGACCUCCCCCCAGCGGCUCUGGGCCUGUGACUGGUGCUGAGAUAAUGAGAAAACUCUCCAAGACUCACACCCACAGUGACUCUGCGUUAAAAAUAAAGGGCAUCCACCCAUACCACUCCCUGAGCUACACCAGUGGAGACACCGCCACGGAUUCUCCAGUGCAUGUGGGCCGUGUUGGGAUGCCAGUGAAGGAGAGUCCACGGAAGGAGAGCCUGCUCAGCUACCUGACCGGGAGCUUCCCGAGCUUGCACAACCUCCUGGAGGGCACUCCUCAAAGGAGCAGUGCAGCUGUGAAAAGUAACUCCCUGACAAGAACAGGAAAUACAAUGGCUACAGAUAUGUUAUCUGAACAUCCCUUACUGUCUGAGCCAUCAUCUGUGAGUUUCUAUAACUGGAUGUCCAAUGCAGUGGGUAAUCGAGGAAGCGUCGUGCAGGAAUCUCCUGUCACAAAGUCAGGACACAACAGUCUUCCAACAGGUGUUGCACCCAAUCUUCCCACAAUACCCUCAGCCUCCGAUUUCAACACUGUCCUGUCUAGUGACCAGAACACUCUGGAUGGGACCCCUUCUCAGCACAGUAUGAGUCAGGAUGAUGUAGCAGGUGUAGAAGAAGCCAACCAAGGUUUUCCUGCGGUUCAGCUGGCUGAUGCCCAGGUUGUUUUCAAGCCUCUUCUGAGUCACACAGGGAUUCAGUCCCAGGAUGCGAUGCCACUGUGCUACCGCAUGUACUUCGGCGAGCAUCUUUCAUUUUCAGGGACACUGGACUGCCUCCGAGCAGAUAUCGUGGACUCAGACACGGCCAAGGAGAGAAAAAGCAAAAGGGCAAGAAGGCAAGGCCAUGUGAAUCUUCCUCCACUUGAGUUCAAACCAGCAUUAAUGUUGGAAACCUUUAGUAUCAGUGCAGUCAUGAUGGAAAAGUCUGUGUGCACCCCUCAGAACUCCACCAAUGCUCUUUCUUUCCAUGAUCUUAACAAGCGUCACUACAACACCUUCCACUGCAACUUCACCAUUUCCUGUCAGUCUAUAAGCCAGCACGUGGACAUGGCUUUGGUUCGUCUCAUUCAUCAGUUCAGUACAAUGAUAGAUGAUAUCAAAGCGACUCAGACUGACAUUAAACUGAGCAGAUACACAGCUGGCUCAGCUUCGCCAACACCUACCUUUAGAACCAGAAAACAUCGGGAUUUCCGCUCCUCUGACUUCAGCCGCAGUUCCAGAGGAAGUCUUAACGGUGGCACCAGAGUAAAUAAUGCAAAGAACAAACGGACCAACCCUGAAAAUAACAAAAAGGAAUCUCGAAACAAAAACUCAUUGGGAAGAUCUGAGAGAAGAACUUCCAAAGUGUCUAGGAAAGGCUCCAAGGACGUGGUGGAUCACAUGGCCAUCCCCAUGGAUGACUCUGACUCUAUCACCGUGUCAGAGCAAAGUGAGCCCUCCGCUGAGUGCUGGCAGAAUAUGUACAAACUACUGAACUUCUAUUCUCUCAUCUCUGAUCCAACAGGAAUACUGGAAAAAUCUUCAGAUGCAUUUGGACCAGCAGGCGUUCGGAGCCCAACAGAGCCAACCUGUAAAGUGGUGUUUGAGAAUGAACAGGACAAUAACAGUGUGACAAAGACGCAGAGGAAGCGCAGCUUGGUGACAGCGGAACCCCAGCAUGUCACCCUGAUCGUGUUCGGGAUCGGCAUGGUGAACCGUACACACCUGGAGGCGGACAUCGGUGGACUCACUAUGGAGUCCGAGCUGAAGAGGAUUCAUGGCAGCUUCACACUGAAGGAGAAGAUGAAAGAUGUUUUACAUCAAAAGAUGACUGAGACAUGUGCCACUGCGCAUAUUGGUGGGGUUAAUAUUGUGCUGCUUGAAGGGAUCACACCAAAUAUACAAACUGUAGUGAAAUGCAGUAUUGCCAAGUCCCAGGCCCUCUACAGUGCCCAGAGAGGAUUGAAGACAAACAAUGCUGCUGUGUUCAAAGUCGGAGCUAUCAGCAUCAACAUUCCACAGCACCCUGCCACCUUACAUAGCAUGAUGGUUCGGAGUUCUCACCAGCUGUCAAAGCAGAUCUCAGACCUCAUCAGACAACCUUCAACACUCUCACAGCCUGUAAAAGAAGAUGUUGCAACUCCCCUACCUUCUGAAAAAACUCCAACGAGUGUUAAUCAGACCCCCAUUGAAACAAAUGAAUUUCCUCAGCUGCCGGAAGGCUUAGAAAAGAAGCCUCUGGUCCUGAAGUUCAGCACCAUGUUGGAUGGCAUUGCCAUUGGAGCUGCGCUGCUGCCCUCCCUGCGGGCUGAGUACAAGAUGGGUAGGAUGCGGAGCCAUGGGAUGACAGGUGCACAGACUAGAUUUACAUUUGAGCUGCCAAAUCACAGGUUGCGUUUUACUUCAAAAGUUUCUGCCACAGAUAUGUCAACUAUUCCUCCUUCUGCCAGUCUUAAUCUGCCUCCUGUUACUAUGUCUGGAAAAUACAUCAUGGAAGAGCAUGAUAGUUAUUCAGAUCAGGUGUGGAGUAUAGAUGAACUGCCUUCGAAACAAGGGUACUUUUUACAGGGAAAUUACCUACGUUGUGUGGCAGAAGUUGGUUCUUUUGAACAUAAUCUCACAACUGAUCUUCUGAACCACUUGGUAUUUGUCCAGAAAGUAUUCAUGAAGGAAGUUAAUGAAGUAAUACAAAAAGUCUCUGGCGGGGAGCAGCCGAUUCCUCUCUGGAAUGAACACGAUGGGACAGCGGAUGGAGAGAAGCCUAAGAUUUUACUGUAUUCCCUCAACUUGCAGUUUAAGGGUAUUCAAGUCACAGCUACAACUCCAUCAAUGAGAGCUGUGAGAUUUGAAACUGGAUUGAUUGAACUAGAACUUUCGAACCGACUUCAAACCAAAGCCUUACCAGGAAGUAGCAGCUAUCUGAAACUAUUUGGUAAAUGCCAAGUAGAUUUGAAUCUGGCAUUAGGACAAAUUGUCAAACAUCAGGUUUAUGAGGAAGCUGGUUCUGAUUUUCAUCAAGUUGCCUAUUUUAAAACCAGAAUUGGAUUAAGAAAUGCCCUCCGAGAAGAAAUCAGUGGCUCUUCAGAUAGGGAAGCUGUGCUUAUUACCUUGAAUAGACCAAUCGUGUAUGCGCAGCCGGUGGCCUUUGACAGAGCUGUGUUGUUUUGGCUGAACUAUAAAGCUGCCUAUGAUAACUGGAAUGAACAACGAAUGGCUUUACAUAAGGACAUUCACAUGGCUACAAAGGAAGUAGUAGAUAUGCUCCCCGGAAUCCAACAAACCUCUGCCCAGGCCUUCGGGACACUCUUCCUGCAGCUCACUGUGAAUGAUCUGGGGAUUUGCCUGCCUAUCACAAGUGCUGUACAGUCCAAUCACAGCGGAGACCUGGACACUGGCUCUGCCUUGGUGCUGACUAUUGAAAGCACUCUCAUCACUGCUUGCUCUUCCGAGUCUCUGGUUAGUAAAGGGCAUUUCAAAAACUUCUGCAUCCGUUUUGCUGACGGCUUUGAAACAUCGUGGGAUGACUGGAAGCCAGAAAUCCGUGGGGAUCUAGUAAUGAAUGCCUGUGUGGUUCCUGAUGGCACCUAUGAGGUGUGUUCCCGAACUACAGGACAGGCAGCUGCUGAGAGCAGUAGUGCUGGGACCUGGACACUGAAUGUGCUGUGGAAAAUGUGUGGCAUUGAUGUGCAUAUGGACCCAAACAUUGGCAAAAGGUUGAACGCUCUGGGCAACACUCUGACCACACUGACUGGGGAGGAGGUCAUAGAUGACAUGGCUGAUCUGAACUCCAUGAACAUCGGUGACCUGUCAGACGAGGACGAAGUGGACACUAUGUCUCCCACUGUCCACACUGAAGCUGUAGAAUAUCGAAGACAAGGAGCAUCUGGUAGCCAGUCAGGAGAUCUGAGAGGCAGAAAAAUGAUGAAGCGAAUAGUGGAUAUCAGAGAGCUGAAUGAACAAGCCAAAGUCAUAGACGAUCUUAAAAAAUUAGGUGCAAGUGAAGGAACCAUAAACCAAGAAAUUCAACGUUACCAACAAUUAGAAUCUGUUGCUGUGAAUGACAUUCGAAGAGAUGUUCGUAAAAAGUUACGGAGGUCCAGUAUGCGAGCAGCUUCCCUGAAGGAUAAGUGGGGGCUGGGUUACAAACCGAGUUACAACCGAUCGAAGAGCAUUUCGGCUUCUGGAAGACCACCCCUUAAGCGAAUGGAAAGGACAAGUUCUCGAGUAGGAGAGACUGAGGAGCUUCCAGAAAUCCGUGUGGAUGCAGCAUCUCCUGGGCCCAGAGUAACAUUCAAUAUCCAAGACACAUUGAAAAAAACAGUAUGGGGAAGCACACCGCAGUCCAGCCCUUCCGGGGAAGGGUAUUUUCAGUUUCCAGAGGAGACAGAACUGGACCUUUUGUCAGUCGCCAUCGAUGGUCCCUCCCAUUACUCAUCUGCCAGCGAAGGGUCUCAUUCCGUGUUCAGUUCUCCCAAAACUCCAGGUGUUACUUUCCAAUCUGAAGAUAGUCGACGGGAUGAUAGUUUGUCUUCCACGAGCGAAGAUUCCGAGAAGGAUGAAAAGGACGAAGAGCAUGAGAGGGAAAGGUUUUAUAUUUACAGGAAACCCUCACAUAUGUCUCGUAAAAAAGCCACAGGCUUUGCUGCUGUUCACCAACUGUUCACAGAGCGCUGGCCCACAACUCCUGUCAAUCGGAGCCUCAAUGGCACAGCUACUGAGAGAAAUAUCGACUUUGAACUUGACAUACGGGUUGAAAUUGAUAGUGGAAAAUGUGUGCUUCACCCAACCACCCUCCUACAAGAACAUGAUGAUAUAAGCUUGAGGAGAAGUUAUGAUAGAAGUUCCAGGAGUUUAGAUCAAGAUUCUCCUUCAAAAAAGAAGUUUCAAACUAAUUAUGCUUCUACCACCCAUUUAAUGACUGGCAAGAAAGUCCCAUCAUCGCUGCAGACAAAGACGAGUGACUUGGAAACCACAGUCUUUUACAUCCCUGGAGUCGAUGUAAAGUUGCAUUACAACUCCAAGACGCUAAAGACUGAAUCACCUAAUGCCUCCAGAGGGUCUUCCCUGCCAAGAACACUCUCUAAAGAGUCCAAGCUGUAUGCCAAAGGAAAAGGAAGUGGAGGAAUCAAAACAGCCAAGUUAUAUGCCUGGGUAGCACUUCAGUCACUGCCAGAGGAAAUGGUGAUCAGUCCCUGCCUGUUAGACUUUCUAGAAAAGGCUCUGGAAACUAUCCCAAUCACACCAAUUGAGAGGAAUUAUACAACUGUCAGCUCCCAAGAUGAAGACAUGGGGCAUUUUGAGAUUCCAGACCCUAUGGAAGAGUCAACAACAUCGUUAGUGUCAUCCUCCACAUCUGCUUACUCCUCCUUCCCAGUGGACGUCGUGGUCUACGUCCGCGUGCAGCCCUCACAGAUCAAGUUCAGCUGUUUACCGGUAUCAAGAGUAGAAUGCAUGCUGAAGUUGCCAUCCCUGGACCUGGUGUUCUCUUCAAACCGGGGAGAACUGGAGACUUUAGGGACCACGGGUCCUGCUGAGACUUUGUCCCCUGGAGGUAAUGCCACUCAGAGUGGAGCAAAGGCCUCUGCAGGCAAGACGGGAACCCCAGGUUCAUCAGGACUGGGCAGCCCUCUUGGCAGAAGUCGGCACAGCAGCAGUCAGUCAGACCUGACCACUUCUAGCAGCAGUUCCUCCGGGCUGAGCUUCACUGCCUGCAUGUCUGACUUCUCCCUCUACGUGUUCCACCCGUACGGAGCUGGAAAACAGAAGAGUGCUGUUUCCGGCCUCACGUCUGGCUCAGGAGGCUUAGGGAAUGUGGAUGAAGACCCCACUUCAGUCACUGGUCGAAAAGACUCACUGAGUAUAAACCUUGAGUUUGUAAAAGUGAGUUUGUCUCGGAUAAGGCGUUCAGGAGGUGCCUCGUUUUUUGAAAUUCAGUCUGUAAACAAGUCUGCAAGCAAAAUGGACACCACACUAAUAAAUAUAUCUGCUGUUUGUGACAUAGGUUCUGCUUCCUUUAAAUAUGAUAUGCGCCGGCUCAGUGAAAUUCUGGCAUUUCCAAGAGCCUGGUACAGGAGAAGUAUUGCAAGACGUCUCUUCCUUGGAGACCAGACUAUAAAUUUGCCAACAUCUGGCCCAGGAACACCUGAUUCCAUUGAAGGGGUGAGCCAACAUCUUUCCCCGGAAUCAUCAAGAAAAGCUUAUUGCAGGACCUGGGAGCAGCCUAGUCAGUCGGCCUCCUUCACCCACAUGCCUCAGUCACCCAAUGUGUUCACUGAGCACGUGACUAACAGCACCAUGUCACCAGGGACAGUGGCACAGAGCCUGAAGUCCCCAGCUUCCGUAAGAUCCAGGAGUGUAUCGGAUUCUUCAGUUCCCCGAAGAGAUUCACUUUCAAAAACAUCAACUCCCUUUAACAAAUCAAACAAAGCAGCAAGUCAGCAAGGGACUCCAUGGGAAACACUUGUCGUGUUUGCUAUCAACUUGAAGCAAUUAAACGUCCAAAUGAACAUGAGUAAUGUAAUGGGAAAUACAACUUGGACAACGAGUGGUUUGAAGAGCCAGGGCCGCCUGUCAGUAGGAAGUAACCGUGACCGAGAGAUCAGCAUGUCUGUCGGGCUGGGAAGAUCCCAGUUAGACUCUAAGGGAGGGGUUGUUGGAGGGACAAUUGAUGUCAAUGCACUGGAGAUGGUUGCUCAUAUUUCUGAACAUCCGAAUCAGCAGCCCAGUCACAAAAUUCAGAUCACGAUGGGCUCCACUGAGGCCCGUGUGGACUACAUGGGCUCCAGCAUCCUCAUGGGCAUCUUCAGCAAUGCUGACCUCAAGCUGCAGGACGAGUGGAAGGUGAAUCUGUGCAGUGCCUUGGAUUCAAGCAUAAGUGAUAAAAGUGAAAUUUUUGUCCAUGGAGAUUUGAAGUGGGAUAUUUUCCAAGUAAUGAUAUCAAGAUCAACCACACCAGACCUGAUAAAAAUAGGAAUGAAGCUCCAGGAAUUUUUCACGCAGCAGUUUGAUACCAGCAAACGAGCUCUGUCUACCUGGGGACCAGUUCCUUAUCUUCCACCUAAGACAGUGACAAAUAUCCUGGAGAAAAGUUCACAAGAGCAGUUGCUAGAUGCUGCCCACCAUCGACACUGGCCUGGAGUACUGAAGGUUGUUUCGGGAUGCCACAUAUCCUUAUUCCAGAUCCCAUUGCCAGAAGAUGGAAUGCAGUUUGGAGGAUCAAUGAGCUUACAUGGAAAUCACAUGACACUAGCUUGUUUCCAUGGUCCAAAUUUCCGUUCGAAAUCGUGGGCCCUUUUUCACCUAGAAGAACCAAAUAUUGCUUUUUGGACUGAAGCUCAGAAGAUCUGGGAGGAUGGCUCUAGUGAUCAUUCUACAUAUGUUGUACAAACAUUGGAUUUUCAUCUGGGCCAUAAUACCAUGGUUACCAAACCAUGUGGCGCUUUGGAAAGUCCUAUGGCAACAAUAACCAAGAUAACAAGGCGUCGCCAUGAAAAUCCACCCCAUGGAGUAGCGAGUGUGAAAGAAUGGUUCCAUUAUGUUACAGCCACAAGAAAUGAAGAACUAAACCUACUCCGUAAUGUUGAUGCUAAUAACACCGAGAAUAGCACUACUGUGAAGAAUUCCAGUUUGUUGAGUGGAUUCAGAGGAGGUUCUAGCUACAAUCAUGAAACAGAGACCAUCUUUGCAUUACCAAGGAUGCAGCUUGACUUUAAGUCUAUUCAUGUUCAAGAACCACAGGAACCUUCGUUACAGGAUGCCAGCCUGAAGCCAAAGGUAGAAUGUAGUGUGGUGACAGAGUUCACUGACCACAUUUGUGUGACCAUGGAUGCUGAGCUCAUCAUGUUUCUCCAUGAUUUAGUGUCAGCUUACCUUAAAGAGAAAGAAAAAGCCAUUUUUCCACCUCGGAUUUUAUCUACUCGACCAGGACAGAAAAGCCCAGUCAUUAUACAUGAUGACAACUCCUCUGACAAAGACAGAGAAGACGGCAUCAGUUACACCACUGUGGACUGGAGAGAUUUUAUGUGCAACACGUGGCAUCUAGAGCCCACUCUUAGGUUAAUUUCUUGGACUGGAAGAAAGAUUGAUCCAGUAGGUGUUGAUUAUAUUCUUCAAAAAUUGGGCUUUCAUCAUGCCAGGACUACUAUUCCUAAAUGGCUUCAAAGAGGAGUCAUGGACCCACUGGACAAGGUUCUGUCAGUUCUUAUUAAAAAACUUGGUACUGCACUACAGGAUGAGAAGGAAAAGAAAGGAAAAGAUAAAGAAGAACACUAA